GAGUAAAAGAAGUGAGUCUCCAAACACAAGCAGCUACAAAAGAAAAAAAAUACCAGAAAUAGAAAGAAAGUGUCGCUAGGAUGAUUAGGAAAGUCUCCAAUUCCAGUCAGAACAAGGGGAUGAAAAUUGGAAAAAUUCUUCCUGCGGAUGUCGAACAAUAAGACUGGCGAUUCGCUCAUUUCAGCCUCAGACAGAUCAUCCAAUCAUCAUGCAGUGAAGCAGAGCGUUCGGGCCAGCCAAGCCCUCCCACUGCCCAUAGACUUACAGAGAUGCACAGCGUCCGAUGGGCGGGACAAACCCAGCCUUUAGCCAAUGACUCGUCUUGUUUUGCACUAGUGGGGCAACGCACUCUCAACUCUGGAGAUGUUCAGCAUCCACACUGUUUUAAGGACUGUGAAGCUGCGCGAACGAACGAAAAGUCAAGUCGUAACCAGUGAAAAAGAAGAGGAUUCUGAAUAAAGUUGAGCGUAUUGUAGUGCAUAUUUCGUCAGUGACAUGUACACACAACGGUAUGCAUUUGAAACUUUUUAACAAACAUUUUAGGGGAAGCGGACCUUCCCUUGCAGUCUUAGGGUCUUAGCUUCUGCAUCUUCUGCACCUAAUGCAAUCUUCUGAUAUGCUUGCAAGCAUGACCAGUUGUUUUUCACUGAAACUGCUGAUAGUUAGUUUUGCCUCAAAUAAUCAUGGACUUUAACUGCCAACAAUAAUCAUGGACUUUUAACUGCCAACCAGCAAGGCUCAUGACCUAUUUUGCAUGAUCAAUUAAUCACCAAACAGACACACCUCCUUUUAAGUACAGUAUAUAAGCAACGUCGAGCUCUCUGUUCUGUGUGCAUUUUUUCCACACAGCUUUGUUCUGUCAUUGAAUGCACCCAGAAAUUUCUGAAAUUAAAACUGCGCAGUAAUGAUCUCUUGCCUCCAGUCAGUCUUUUACUUUGCAAUCCAGUGUAGCCGUCUCAACUGAAUUGAAAACGAACACGCGGAGGACCUGAAAGACUGCCUCCAACAGCAUCCACAACCUAAAUCAAGACUCUGAAAGCCAAUGGUGUACCGCAAGCAACACGUCACUUCCGCUCAUUAAUAUUCAUGACAUUAGCUACUGUUGCUAAGUAGGGACAAGUCACCAUUCGUCCCUGAUAGGAUAUGAAUAGAAAUCGUGUACGAAGGAGAUGUUUACAGAGCUAAACCUACCAUUUCUCUCCGAAAAUGAUGUGCCUGGUGCCAAAUUGACUGGAAAAGAUGUGGAAGAACAUAAAAAUGUUCAGUUAAAGAGAUGGCUUUAGUGUCGAAGGCUGAAAAAGACGAAAAAAAAACGAGCCGACCUAAGCAUAGCUUUAGCUUUUUUAUCGACGCGACUGACAAUGACAUUCUCCUGUUUCAACAAGCUAUCCUUUACCAUCAGCCCUGUCUUUCUUAUAUAUCCUCUGGUUGUCCUACGUCUCUUACCGUUCUUGGGGGUAAUUUAGUUAGCUUUGUGUAGCGAUCGCAAAUGCUACUCAGUGACAGCCAACGAACACUUUUAAUUUUUUUAAUUGAUAACACAUCUUAAUCCUAUAAUUUAUUUACACUUCCCCCUUACUAAAGUUGUUUUUUUUUUAUAUAUAUACAACAGAAACGGUAACAGUGGCAGUCAGAUACCAUUGUAAUUAUCUUCAGUAUAUUCAUUGUCAGACAGAAGCAGUACGGCACAACGUUACGCUAAAAAAAUAAGUUAGAAAUAUAAAAAUGGCUUACCUCUUUGUCCUCUGAAAGACCAUGCCAACCCAACAUAAUGUUUACCAUUUACUGCAUAUGAAACGUGAAUGGAUUCGCCGAGCUGGUGUUAAAAGUCCGCGCAAGUUGAUUCGGUCUUCACAUUUUUUCCUCCCGAGUUUUUGGUUUCCGGAAACGUAUGAAAAAAACAUCCUUCAUGUGUCAUAAUGUCUAGAGUCGUUUCUACAAGUUCCAAAAAAGCAAUGCGUGAUCGGCAUGUUCAUUUUUGAAAGAUUACCGGCAAAAAGAAGCACUAAUUGCGUUGUGUCUAUGCGAGGGCCGGUCUAUAAUGUCCCACUUCGGCUUUACUUCCACUUUAUGAUGCGACGUCACGGUCUAAAAAUAGCCAGCGUGCGGUACGCCAUUGGCGAAUUAUGGCCAUUGGACGGACGUGCUUACAGAAACUGUAAUAACUAAUCAGUCAAAUGCAUACAAAUAGAAUUGUUUCUGUAAUGACAUUUGGGACAAGCUGGAAAAUGGAUGGAAAACAUUUGGCAUCUAAACUUAACUGAGCUAGCUGCAGUUGCUAUUGGUACGGACCACCAAAUGAUCAACUUAUUCACUUACAAUGUGGACAAGGGUAAAAAUGAACCAUGAAUUUGAUGCAGACCUUUGCAACAAUAACAUAAAAGAGGCUUCCAUUAUUGAUCAAUCCUGCAGUUAUAAAGUGUACCUUGCUUAUUACUAUUCCGCUAUGAUUACUGAAAAGUUCCACUUGAACCCAGAACUUUACACUUGAAAGUAGACCUGCCCUGCCACUGGUCUAUCAUACGAUCUAGUAUACAUUUACUAUAAAGUAUACAGUCAGUGUCAACAAUUUUCCAACAGAGUUUUCCAUUUUCACCCGAUUUUUCAGAAUCGCCCAGAAGACGGGAUGUAAAUGUCAAAUGUGGGAGGGGAUAAACUAAUCUGGAAGUCAUUAUACAGUAGUGUACUUUCAGUUUCAACACACACCCGUCUAGCCUGUGUGAACACUCAGUGGAGCGACUAUCUAAACUGUCUCUGAGAGGGAAUAUACAGAGAUGUUUCUGUACAUCCUGGUGGUGCUGGCUGUUUGGCUUGUCUACAGAUGGUUCCAGGAGUCCAAACGUGUGGGGCACAACGGGGACAAAUUUGUCUACAUCACCGGCUGCGAUACCGGCUUCGGUCAUCUCCUAGCCAAGCACUUGGAUAAGCUUGGUUUCCACGUGAUCGCUGGCUGUUAUACGGAGAAAGGAGAAGAUGAGCUGAAAAAAUCCUCCUCUUGCAAACUCACCACUCUUCGUUUAGAUGUUUCCGACUCUGCAAGCGUCAGACAGGCAACAGUGCAAAUUGACGCUCUCGUAGGGCAGAAAGGACUGUGGGCCGUCGUGAACAAUGCUGGCAUCUCAGAACCGGCAGCUCCCACAGACUGGCUCACUGUGGAGGACUACAAGCGCAUGAUAGCUGUCAAUCUAGUGGGGGUGAUUGACGUGACCCUCAGCGUCCUCCCUCUCAUAAAGAAGGCCCGAGGCAGAGUGGUGAACAUCGCCAGCGUAUUUGGUCGAAUCAGCCCGUUCGGCGGCCCGUACUGCGUGACCAAACAUGGUGUGGAGGCCUUUAAUGACAGCCUGCGUUUGAACUUGGCACCGUUUGGAGUCAAGGUGUUGUGCAUCGAGCCAGGCUUCUUUAAAACAAAUGUCACCAAUCCAGAACUCUUGGAAAAAAAUGGAAGAAGGGUAUGGGAGAGAUUGCCUCAAAAAGUGAAAGAUGACUACGGACCAGACUAUGUGCAGAAUGCAAUCAAAACAUUUCUUGCCGCAUGUACCUUCCUGUCGGACGGUGACCUGAUGAAAGUGAUUAACUGCAUGGAGCACGCCAUUGCCGCUGUCCACCCUCGCACACGCUACUCGCCCGGAUGGGACGCCAAGUUCCUCUGGUUGCCUUUGUCCUACGUGCCCACCUUCAUUACUGAUGGCCUCAUUUCUAAACUCAGCCCCAGGAUUCAUGCAUCUGUAUACUAACUUCCAAUGUGAGUCUUUUCAUUUGAUGUUGUACUUGACCAAAAACUGCUCCCUGCCCCCUUUAUUCAUAAAUUUUUAACAAAUAAAAAGGACCCAUCUCUGAAAUAUAUACUGUAUACAUACUUUUUUUAGUUGUACAAGUUACAUGUCUGUCAAAUAUUAAAGAGAAGUUUUUAAAUUGGUAUUUAUUCUUAUUUUUGUAAAUCCAAAGAACAUGCCAUUUGAACAUAUGUGUGUAAACUUUCCUGUCCUCUUUUGUUAAUAGAGUAAUCCCUCGUUUGUUGCGGUUAAUGGGGACCGUCCCCCCGCCUCGUCACAGUAAUCGAAAUCCGCAAAGUAGAAGUGUAGCUUAUUUACAUUAGAUUUUUUGUUUAUGUUUUUGGGGUGUCUUCAAUGUUUUUUUUUUCAGAUUGAGCAUUGAAAAGAGAUACAUAUGUAAUGCUGGCCAAAAGUAUUAGCACCCCUGCAAAUCUAUCAGAGAAUGCUCAAUUUCUCCCAGAAAAUGAUAGCAAUUACGAAUC